UCCUCUUUGACCAGAUUAGAUCAGAUCAAACACAAAGUAUUAAUAUAUGCCAACAACAACAACAACAACAACAACAAAACAGUGAACAAAUCACAAGUCAUAUAAUGGAUCAAGUGAUCAAUGAUCUGAUUAAUCAACUGAAUCUAAUCAAUCAGGACAUACCUCAAGGGGUGAUACAUAUAGAAGAAAAUGUAAAUCAUCGACAGUUUAUCAAUUUAGCCAAUUUAGAGGGACAGGUACUAACCAUUGCAGGCCAGCAAAUCAAUGUCCCGCCCAUUCAAUUGUCAGGUCAAAUACGAUACGUACGGAUAGAGGGCAUGCAGUUCGGUGUCCAACGUGUUCGACAUGGAAACAGACAAAAUUGUUUGGCCGUUGAAAAACGUAUGACCGGUCCGCCGGGCCGGCCGUGGCGUGCAGUUCAUACGUACGGUUUCUUAGGCCGCGGCGGUCCUCAGGCGGGAGCCGUCGAUAAGGAUGGCGAAGAAAGACUAUAUGUGAUUGACGAGGCAACGGCUCAGGCCAUCAGGGAUAUGAUUAAUCGCGAUAAUGACAUACAAAAUGUUGUCGACGCCGCACAACGACUCGUCGAAAUAGGAAUCCUAUUAUCCGGUUUCGAGAUCGACAAUCCAGCCAUGGAUCAGGUAUUCAAUCUGUAUUAUCGUAUUAUGCUUGACAUUAUUUAUGUUAUUGAAAUCCUAAAACUUCUAGAGUUUAUCUACGAAAUGGCAAUUGUCUACAAUCCGCGUGCAUUUGCCAAUCAAGCUCUACCGCCGGUGGCUAUGGAUCUACUAGAAGUACAAAACGUUGAACACGCUAUGGCCGUCAAUAUGAACAGUUUAAUAUUUUUACAGAUGAUUAGGGACAGUAUAGAUCAUAGUCAGGACGAUAUGUUUGCCAUCGAUUGGGUCGGUUUGCUCACUGAUCGCUUCUCAAGAUUUGAACACACGAUAACAUUGGAACCGGGUCUUCAUCAGGUAGACAUACAUUACCAAAAUGUUCACAACGUGUUCAAUGUACAGGUGUUCAAUGAGGUCAACCGUAUCCGAUUGGUGUCCAAUCGGUUUACGUAUGUCGACUUGAAUCCAGACUUUACGCACGUACCGUAUUAUUUGGUGCGCAAUGAAAAUGCAGCCAGACUAUUGGUUUAUCGGGACGAUCCGGACAGUCCGGGUAAUUUGAUACCAGUCUACAGUCACGGUAGGAACGGUGCUAAUCGUGAAAUCGGUUGCAAUGGCUGGCAGGCAAUGACAUUACAAAGGCAAGAUAUGAAUGGAAAUCCUGAAGAACGCCUGUUGUUUAUUAGCCGUGUUAUGGGUGCGCAACUGUGCCAAUGGUUCGAUGAAUGGGAUAUUAUGAAUGUCUUUCAUACCUGGUCUACCGAUUUGGCCGGAUUUUCAGCCUAUCUACUGGCAACGCAACAGUUUGCCAACGGUUUGGAUCCAGAAGCCAGAGAUCAGCUAAGAGAUCAAUUGUUAGACCAAAGAGAUUGGUUAGAAGCCACCAGAAAUGCAUUGAUAGUCAAGUAUAGGGCAGUGAAAAAUCUUAGAAAAAUUUAUCGAUUCAGUGUACUCGUACCCGACAGUCCCCAACAGGGCGUCGUAAUGGAUCAACUGAGAUGUCUGGAUGCGUGGCCACAGAAUGUACUGCUGGGCGAUCCUCUCGAAGCAGGUGUGGCGCCUCGUGGAAGAGGACGUCCAAGAGCUCAACAACAACAACAAGAUGAUGAUGAUAGUGGUAGUACCAGUGAUGGCCAAACAGAUACUGCUGAUGAUGCUGUGGUACGUCGUAACAAACGACGAAGAAAUUAGUCUCAAUUCAUUUUAUCAGAUUAGAUGUCAAACACAUGUAUUAAUAAUAUAUGACAACAACAACAAAAACAGGUGAACAACAAAUAAAAAAAAAAAUUUUCUA